CUACGGUGCAACAUUGUCUCGGCAAGUAACCCCUCUCCAGCGUGGCACUGUCUUUGAAGAAGAGGAGACGAAUGAUCUGUUUUUAGUGGAUAGAAGCUUGACUUCUUUGAUAAAUAUACACAGUCAGAACUCGUAUGUAACCCGCUUGAGGAUUUACGGAGCCAUACCAGUGACAAACCGUGGGAUUUUGGUUUAUUUCUCGACGGGCCCGGAUACAGCUUGAUACCGAUAGAGAGACUCAACUCAGGUCCUUUCGUCCUGACAUGGACACAGGAAUUGUACCCGAAAAGAAAAGAGUGAGCUCGGAGCGGAGGAAGGAGAAGUCCAGGGAUGCAGCGCGAUGUCGGCGUGGGAAGGAGUCGGAAGUGUUCUACGAGCUGGCCCAGCAGCUGCCCCUGCCCCACAGUGUCAGCUCCAGCCUGGAUAAGGCCUCCAUCAUGAGGCUCACCAUCAGCUACCUGCGCAUGAGGAAGCUGCUCAGCACUGAUGACCCAAUGGCAGAGGAGGAAACAGAGCUGGAUAUCCAGCUAAACAGCUCCUACCUUAAGGCCUUGGAAGGCUUUCUCAUGGUGCUGUCUGAGGACGGAGAUAUAAUCUAUCUCUCUGAGAAUGUCAACAAGUGCCUCGGGCUGGCACAGUUUGACCUGACUGGACACAGCGUGUUUGAUUUCACACAUCCCUGUGACCAGGAGGAGCUGAGGGAGAUGUUGGUCCACAGAACAGGCUCCAAAAAGACCAAGGAACCAAACACAGAGCGCAGCUUCUUCCUCCGAAUGAAAUGUACUCUGACAAGCAGGGGCCGAACUGUCAAUGUCAAGUCAGCAACUUGGAAGGUUCUCCACUGCUCAGGUCACGUGCGUGUUUAUGACACCCACACUGAGCAGACUACCAACGGGCACAAGGAGCCACCUGUCCCCUACCUGGUUUUGAUCUGUGACCCCAUCCCACACCCCUCCAACAUUGAGGUCCCUCUGGACACCAAGACCUUUCUCAGCCGCCACACAAUGGACAUGAAGUUCACGUAUUGUGACGAGAGGAUCACUGAGCUCAUGGGUUAUGAGCCAGAGGACCUGUUGAAUCGUUCUGUGUAUGAGUACUAUCACGCUCUGGACUCUGACCAUCUUACCAAGACUCACCAUAACUUGUUCGCAAAGGGCCAGGUCAGCACAGGACAGUACCGGAUGUUGGCCAAGAGAGGAGGCUUUGUGUGGGUGGAAACCCAAGCCACUGUCAUCUAUAACAACAAGAACUCCCAGCCACAGUGUGUUGUCUGUGUCAACUUUGUGCUCAGCGGCAUCCAGGAGGAGAAACUGAUCUUGUCUCUGGAGCAGACUGAGGAUGUGAAGCCAUAGAAGGAGCAGCAGCAGCAGCAGCAGCAGCAGCAGAUGCAGCAGCAGGAGGAAGAGGAAAAGGAGGAGGAGGAGGAGGAGGAAGAAGAGAAAGCUGCAGUUCAGAACAGCGUGCCUGACAUGUCUCCAACCUUGCUGAAGGAGGAGGAGGAGAAGACUCCAGAGCUGGAUGUGAUCAAACUGUUCACCCAGGCGGGAGAGGCCCGGCCGCUGGCUAGCCUGUAUGACCAGCUGAAAGAAGAGCCUGAGGCCCUCACCCUGCUGGCCCCGGCCGCCGGAGACACAAUCAUUUCCCUGGACUUCAGCUGCCCUGAUUCAGAAAUCCAGCUACCAAAGGAGGUCCCUCUCUAUAAUGAUGUAAUGCUACCCUCCUCCAGUGAGAGGCUGGCUCUGCCCCUUUCACCGCUGCCGACCAGCGAGCCUCUCCAUGUCACCAUCACCACCACCACCACCACCACCACCUCUGAGGAUGCAAAAUCUGAGAGCUAUGCUCCAGCUCCGUCCACUAUAUCGACCAGCCACAGCUCCUCAGAGGCUGACAGUCCAUUGGACUUUUGUUUCCCCAUGGACUCAGAUAUGAGCGCAGACUUCAAGCUAGACUUGGUGGAGAAGCUGUUUGCCAUCGAUACGGAGCCCAAGACCCCCUUCACCACACAGGCAAUGGAGGACUUAGAUCUGGAAAUGUUAGCUCCCUACAUUCCCAUGGACGAUGACUUCCAGCUGCGCAGUCUGACCCAAGAAGAGCCUCUGUCUUGUGGACCAGUCAAAUCCCUCAAAAGCUCUCCAGUCCAUGUCACACAAGAUGUCAGCAGCUAUCCCAGCUCCCCAUUCAGCACACCAGGCAGUCGCACAGCUUCCCCGGCACCACCUGAGCCUGUAAACGCCCCUCAUCUUGCCACCAUCCUUGCUAAGAGGACACCACAGUUGGACAAAGAAGUUUCACUCAGGACCUUGGCAGCUCAGAACGCACAGCGCAAAAGAAAACUGGGUGACUUAAAGGAGAUUAUUGGACAGGGAAGUUUGCCUGAGGAACAAGUGGAGCAGGGCAAAAAGCUGAAGGCCUCUGAGUCAGGAACAACCAGGACCAUACUUCUGCUGCCUUCAGAUUUGGCAAGUCGACUGCUGGGCAGCACAUCAGAGGGCACCAAUACUCUCUUUACCCUGCCACAGCUCACCCGCUACGACUGCGAGGUCAACGCCCCCUUGCAAGGCCGUCAGUACCUGCUGCAGGGGGAGGAGCUGCUGCGCGCACUGGACCACGUCAACUGAGUCAAUGCUUAGCCUGCUCACUGCUGGACUAGACUGGACACUACAAUUUCUCCCCCACAUUGUCACUCCCUCUCCAAGCCCCCCCACCCCACCACCCCUUAUUUAUGUAUCUGUAUGAGUUUGAUUAUAGUUUGGCUGCUGUUUGUGCACAUCAUGUGAUAUCUGCAGCAUUCCACCGUGACAAACACCAUAGCAGCAUCUGAGUUUUGGUGCAAGGGAUUCAGGCAUCAUGAGAUGUCCAAAUGUCUUUUUUUUUUUUUUCUCUCUCUCUCUCUCUCUCUCUUUUCCGGGGAGUCUCUCAGCACACAGCGCCUCGACAGAUGACCCUUCUCCAGCAGGUCACCACAGAACCUGGCGCUACUGCCAGCAGUGUAUUGUAAGCUUCAGUCGCACAAUUUAUAUUUUCUUAAAAAGAAAAAUAUUACCAGCAAUAUAUAUUAAGCCUUUUUAAAAGUAGUUUUGAUGGGAUUUGAACAAUUUUAUUUUUCCUCCCAUACUUGUAUGUUGUAGUACUCGUACUUAACAAGAUGUCUCUAGUCCAGAAGUAUGAAAAUAUUGUUUAAACCUAAAGUUGUUUGAAUGUUAUCUCCAUUUAAUAGCUAUCAGUCUUUGAGGUAAAUACAUUUAAUUGUGUAGCAGUCCAGUACAUGUCACUUUAUUACUUUACUGUAAGUGUGUGUUACUGUACAUAUACCAGGGAAAUUUUAAUCUACUCAGUAUGGCUUCACAGCUUUGACCUGUACUCUCAAAAUCUGAGAGUAAUCUCUUCACUUUUUGUUUGCUUCUCAUCAUGGACAACUGGUGUUUUGCUCUUAACAUGAAAUGAAUUCAUGUUUUUGGUUUUUACUGUGCGUGACAUACAAAACUGUCUGUCUAAAUAAGUGGAUCUCAACCAUUCAGAUUUUACUUGUGUAAUCAUCGUCAUCAUAGCAGCAUUCGUGAGUUGUCAAACUUGUUUGCUCUGUUAAUGGUAGUCGGUUUAUCACCAUCUCUCCAUGCCACAUUGUUGGGUCUCUCAUGCUUCCUGUAUCUGUCUAACAUUAAAUGGCUUUAAUAAAGUG